AUGAACACAACAGCGAAUGGAUCGAACCUUUCGGUAUGUAGCAGUCUGAUAAACGCAUCGGCGUCGAAAAUUGGGCAAACCAUUGGUUCUAGUCUGAUCCUUGGCUUUUCCCUUUUCGGAAAUUCGAUCAUCGGAUUAACUGUUUAUAAAACGCCAACCUUGAGGAAACCCAUAAAUUAUUUGAUCGCAAACAUGGCCAUAUCAGACAUGCUGAUGCCAUUUUUCACGAUUCCUCUGCAUCUUGCAGAGAUCCAUUCUGGCGGCUGGCCUACUGGUGGUCUUCUUGGCCAUGCCCUGUGCAAACUUGUUAUCUACUUAACCCACGUCUCCUUCGGUGUGUCGAGUCAAAGCCUAGUUCUGAUAGCACUUGAUCGCUAUGUCGCCGUGGUUUUCCCACUUCGUUCUCCAUUCAUUAAUCGCAAAUUGUUUCCCUUCUUCAUUCUCGCUACUUGGGUUGUUGCCUUGGCUUUUUUUGCGCCAUAUAUGAUCGUCGCAAAAGUUGAUGAAGGCACGCAGGGGACUUCUUGUUACUUUGAUUGGCAUGGAACCUUCGAAGAAUCCUGGCCCAUUGAGAAUCACUACAUAGUAGUGUUCACAGCGUUUAGUUUUAUCCCCGCAGUCCUUUUGGUCAUUCUGUACUCCAUCAUCCUCAUCAAGCUCAAACUACAGGCGCCUCCAGGUGAGCAGUUGACCAACGCCACAAAACAGCGCGAAAGGAAAAACAGAAAUGUGUUAAGAAUGGCCAUUGCUAUUGUGCUAGCAUUUUUCUUUUGCUCUAUACCUAUCACCACUACACGUUUAAUCACGGUACGUCAACCGGUGGAUAGUUCCAUUUGGUUCAGUUGCGGUUUCUGGUUAUUUAAUGACCUCGCACGCCUCAUUUUCAACACAAACUGUGCUAUAAACCCUCUGAUUUGCCUCAUUUUUAGCAAUAACUAUCGUCAAGGUCUCAAGAGGCUUCUGAAAUGCUAA